CUCAGACCGCUUCACGGGAGAGAGCCAGGAGGACAACGGGUUCAUGUGAAAUAGUCGCCGUUGACUUUUGUCCACCAGUCGGAGGGACGAUGUCCAACCUGCCGUCCGGAUGUUCCAGCUCUGCUCUCCAUAAACACCUCUGGAAACCUGCAGGACGAUCAGAUCCCAGAUCCCAGAUCCCCGGAAUGUAGCUGUCGGUUCCCCUCUGGUGGUUGAGAAGUUUUCACAGAGUUUAAAGAGACGGUUGAUGAGAAGAUGUCAUUUCUGCGGUCAGUCAGAGCCCCCCCUCCUGAGAACAUCCACAUCUCCUCUCUGCCUCCCAGUGUUCCCACAGAUCAGGAGCCAGGACCGACUGGAGGACUGGCCGGUGACGUGGAGCGAGAGAAGGCAGCGAUUCAGACCACACACACACACAGAGUGUCCUCUGUCUUCCUCCAGAAACAGAAUAAUGAACCAGUUUCUAGUACUUACUUUGAACAGAGGGUCCCUGUUCCUGAGGAGGGCGGCCAGAGGGCGUUCAGUCUCCGUAAGCUGUGGGCCUUCACCGGGCCGGGAUUUCUGAUGAGCAUCGCCUACCUGGACCCAGGUAACAUUGAGUCCGACCUGCAGUCUGGUGCUAAAGCUGGCUUCAAGCUCCUCUGGGUGCUGCUGGCAGCCACCAUCAUCGGCCUGCUGCUGCAGCGGCUGGCGGCGCGGCUCGGCGUCGUCACGGGGAUGCACCUGGCCGAAGUCUGCAACCGCCAGUACCACACGGUGCCUCGUAUCAUCCUGUGGUUGAUGGUGGAGCUGGCCAUCAUCGGCUCAGACAUGCAGGAAGUCAUCGGUUGUGCCAUCGCUUUCAACCUGCUCUCCUCCGGCAGGAUCCCUUUGUGGGGUGGCGUCCUCAUCACCAUCAUCGACACGUUUGUCUUCCUCUUCUUAGACAAAUACGGCCUCAGGAAGCUGGAAGCCUUCUUUGGUCUGCUCAUCACCAUCAUGGCCAUCACCUUUGGAUAUGAGUAUGUGACAGUGAGUCCAGACCAGGGCCAGCUGCUGAAGGGGAUGUUCGUGCCGUACUGCGAGGGCUGCGGCCCCGUUCAGCUGGCUCAGGCCGUCGGCAUCGUGGGAGCCGUCAUCAUGCCUCACAACAUUUACCUCCACUCUGCUCUCGUCAAGUCUCGAGAAGUGGAUAGGUCGAACAAGGAAGAAGUGAAAGAGGCCAACAAAUAUUUCUUCAUCGAGUCGACCGUCGCGCUGUUCGUCUCUUUCCUCAUCAACGUGUUUGUGGUGGCUGUUUUCGCCGAGGCUUUCUACGGACGCACCAACCAAGAGGUGUACAGUGUCUGCAAUCAAACAGGAAGUCCUCAUUUAGACAUAUUCCCUCUGAACAAUCAAACUCUGGAGGUGAACCUCUAUAAAGGGGGAGUGGUGCUCGGCUGUUUCUUCGGCCCGGCAGCGCUUUACAUCUGGGCCGUAGGGAUCCUUGCAGCUGGUCAGAGCUCCACCAUGACCGGAACGUACUCCGGCCAGUUUGUCAUGGAGGGUUUCUUGAACCUGCGCUGGUCGCGUUUUGCUCGGGUGUUGUUGACCCGCUCCAUGGCCAUCACUCCCACCCUGCUGGUGGCCAUCUUCCAGGACGUGCAGCACCUGACGGGCAUGAACGACUUCCUCAACGUGCUGCAGAGCAUGCAGUUGCCAUUUGCCCUCAUUCCCAUCCUCACUUUCACCAGUUUGCCAUCUCUCAUGAAUGAGUUUGCCAACGGAUUAGUGUUUAAGAUCGGAGGAGGACUGGUGAUCUUGAUCGUGUGUGCCAUCAACAUGUACUUUGUCGUGGUCUAUGUGACGGAACUCGACAGCGUGUGGCUGUAUGUGCUGGCAGCGUUCCUCUACAUAGCAUACCUGUUAUUUGUUGGAUAUUUGGUGUGGUUGUGUCUGAUAGCUCUGGGAGUUUCCUGCCUGGAUCCGACCUCCAGCAGAGGGAACGACACCUCCAUCCUGAUGGAGCAGCAGCCAGAGUUCGACUCCUGAACCAAACCAGGACAUUUAUUUCAAAGGUGCAGCUGUGAGAAAACCCACUGACCUUUUUUUCCUCCAGCACAUUUAGUCUUCUUAAGUGCUGAUUUAUUUAUAACGUCCAGCGCCCACCGUCGUUUAAAUAGCAAAUGCACGUGCGCCCAUCUGUGCGCCAAUGGGCAUGCUGG